AUUUUACCACUACUAAUAUAAUGUUGCCUUUUCACUUUCCCCAUAAAACACCACCUACCCGGCCCGAAAACCAUUGUCACAAAACCUCUUCUUCCCAUCACAACACUCUUUUUCUUCUCUAAACUCAAAAAAAUUCCAACCAUCAAUUGAAAAAAAAAAAAAUCUUGAAUCUAUGUAAACACUAGAAGAUUUUCUAUUUUCUUGACUGUUUGAAUUUUGAUCAUACUGAAGAAAAAAAUGACUCAAUUGAAGCCUAUUCUAACACAUAUAGACGCCAUUCCUUCAACCCCAGGAAAGUUUAAGUCUGAAAAAUCUUCACCCUACAACCUUUACCGUCUCCGUUUUCACCCCACACUUUUCCCAAGAUUUACACUUUGGUCCUUCCUCUUCAUCUCUUUCAUCGUUUUAUUCUUCUUUUUCUCAUCUCCGACCAACCCCACAACCGGAAACAACCGCCGGAGUCUAAAAAACCAAGUUUCGCCACCUGUAUCACUCGGCCCGAAUUGGGAACGUCGGGUUCGGGCCUCGGCCCGGCCCAGAUCGAAAACGGGCUUUACUGUUCUAGUCACUGGUGCUGCUGGUUUUGUGGGGUCCCAUGUAUCACUUGCUUUAAAACGCCGUGGUGAUGGUGUUUUGGGCCUGGAUAAUUUUAACAGUUAUUAUGAUAUCGGGCUUAAAAAAUCCCGUUCGGGCCUGCUUGAACGUUCAGGUAUUAUGAUUGUUGAAGGUGAUAUAAAUGAUGCUGUUUUGUUGAGAAAGUUGUUUGAUGUUGUUGGUUUUACUCAUGUCAUGCAUAUGGCAGCUCAAGCUGGUGUUAGAUAUGCAAUGCAAAAUCCAGGUUCUUAUGUUCAUAGUAAUAUUGCUGGUUUUGUUAGUUUACUUGAAGCAUGUAAAAUAGCAAAUCCACAACCCAGUAUUGUUUGGGCUUCAUCAAGUUCUGUUUAUGGAUUGAAUUCUAAAGUACCUUUUUCAGAAAAAGAUAGAACUGAUCAGCCUGCAAGUUUAUAUGCAGCCACUAAAAAGGCUGGUGAAGAGAUUGCUCAUACAUAUAACCAUAUAUAUGGUCUUUCAAUUACCGGGUUGCGGUUUUUCACGGUUUACGGGCCUUGGGGUAGGCCCGAUAUGGCUUAUUUUUUCUUUACGAAGGAUAUUUUGAGAGGGAAGGAAAUCAAGAUUUUCGAGACGUCUGAUCAUGGUAGUGUUGCUAGGGAUUUUACUUAUGUUGAUGAUGUGGUAAAGGGUUGUUUGGCAGCAUUGGAUACCGCGAAAAAGAGCACCGGGAGUGGUGGGAAGAAGAAGGGUGCAGCCCAAUUGAGGAUUUAUAAUUUGGGUAAUACGAAGCCGGUGCCUGUUGGGAGACUUGUUAGUAUAUUGGAGAAGUUGUUGAAGGUGAAGGCAAAGAAGAAGGUUUUGCAAAUGCCAAGGAAUGGGGAUGUGCCAUUUACGCAUGCUAAUAUUAGUUUGGCACAUAAGGAGCUGGGGUAUAAGCCUACUACUGACUUGGAAGUAGGGUUAAAGAAGUUUGUGAAGUGGUAUGUUAACUACUAUGGUUCAAAGAAGAAGAGUUCAUGGAUGAGGGCUGCCACGAUGCCAAUUCUUGAAAGGACAUUUCAGGAUUCUUGUGCUUGUUUAGGAUGCUGUGGUCUCUAUCCGUCUUAGGGAAUUUUGUUUUGAGCUGGCGUUUAAAGGAAUUUUCUAGUUUUCUUAACGAAUUAGGCAAUUGUUUGUUUCAUAGCGUAUGCCGGAAGAUUUGCAAGUCUGGUGAUAGUUGUUAUCAGUAGGUUGCCUUGUCAUUAGGAGCAGAACUUGGUAAGAAGUUGUCUAGUUAUUGUACUAUAUUCAAAUCAUGAUUGUAACACGAACCUAUCAAGAAAAGUAGUGUAUGU